CCGGUGGGGGCGGCCGGAGGGUGCGGGUAGAGGAUGGAGACCCUGGACGAGUUUGACAACGAGUUCCCCCUCAGCAUCGCGUUUUGCCAGCAGAUCUCCCCAGAGGACUUUGAGGAGCAGUCCGUGUCCUACACGCAGCAGUGCCUGCAAGAGCUGUGCUCGGCCAUGGAGCAGAACCCGCGGCUCUGUGAGAGGGCUUUGAGAAAGCAGAAACAGGUGGAGAAGGAAGGAGCUGGCUUGCUGUCUUACAUAAAGGCCAAGAUUUUUUGGACUCUGCAGGGAGAAUUGAAUUACUCUAACUACAUGGACAUUGCAGAGAUGAAAGAGAAAGUAUGCCAGCUGAGACGAGACAUGAAGAGAGUAAACAGCUAUGCUCAGGGUGCAAAAACUAGGAAAGGACGACAUCCAAGGCACUCGUGGGGAAAGACGCACACUUUAGAAGGUGGAUUUAGCCCCUUGCACUCCAAGGCUCCUGAACCUCCCAAGAUCACAAUGCCCAGGGUCUUUGGUCCUUUUCCAAAAAUCACGAAUAAGCAGGUGGACAGAACUACAAUUUCAAGCCCUGAUCUGAAAUACUGGUGGAAUGGCGCAGCAACAAUGAACCAGAAAAGACUUCUUGGCAGUGCUCCCACGCCUCCUCCUCAAAAUGCUGGCUCUAAUGACACCAAACCGGCAGCCUCCGUUUUUAACACACCUAUGACAUGCACAUUUCAAGGUGGUGCUGAAGAUGACAUGGAUAAUGAAAAACCUGGCCCCAGUUCCUCUGCUAAAGAGGCAUAAAUGUCUCUUCUAAUAUGAAAAACCUAGAUGAAUAAACACUGUGCAAGUGCCCUGGUUGUGUGUGGAGGUUCUGCUAUGCCUUAGCCAUGGUUUCUGCAAAAGCUUUGGUUAGCAGGACAGCUGUAGUACACAAAAGAUGACUGACAUCUGUGAGCUUUCUUCACUACCAAACAGCAGAUUUCUAACUCACUGGAAAGUAGGAUCGCCAUUAGAUAGGAGCAGAAUGCAGGUAGGGGCCCUGAACUCACCUCACAUGGCUUUUAAGUGAAGCAGUGUCUCCUCUGACCCAUUAUAGCUAUGUCUUGAAACAUGUUAAGUAUCUAAUUUCCUCUACUUUAUGCAGAAUUGGGUCCUUAACUAUCCCUUUGAUUCUGUACUUUACUUGCUCCUGAAAAUGGCAACAAGAAAACCAAGAAGAACUUUGCAUCAUGUGGACAGAUCUCCUUGCUUUGCUAUUGCUCUUUUAGUAAAUGACUCUGGCACUCUUUCUUCAAAAAAAAAUCUUGUCAAAAUCAUUAUUAUAGGACAUGUUAUGUGAGGACUAGGAUUGGGGCAUUUCGAACAAUUACACUCCCUCAUAGCCGUGAGGGGAGUGGUAGAUUCAUAUGGAAGGUUGGGUUAAAAAUGUAACGUUCCAGUCUGGGCAAGGUUCUCCACGUUAUCGUAUAAUUUGUCUUAAGCUACCACCCUAAGGAUCACCAAAACAUGGUUACCCAGUAGUGACAGAUCUGUUAGGAGUGUGCAAAAUCACAUCUGUGAAUAGCUUGAGCUCAGUCCUGAGGGAAACCUAUUGUGCAGAUUUAAUUGCCUCUCUCUCAAUUCAUCAACUGUUAGUAAUUACAUGCUGCAUUUUUGCAAUGGAAAAAAUGAAUCUAAACUGGCUAUUGAGACUGUACUUAAAUAAAUCACAGGAGGAAGAGGAAAUUGCAAUGCAAAUAGUAUCAGUCAUGUAAACAAUUUUAAUUCGCUACUUAGUUAUUCAUUAAUUAAAUAACAUCUUUAAAAAAUGCAUUCUAGAAAAGGUAGCAGCCACGCUGUAAGCAGCUCUGGUCAGAUAUUAGCUUAAAGUAAAUCCUCUGGCAUCUCAACAACAUUCCAUUUUUAAAGCGUGCAGAUAGUAAGCAGUUCAGCUGGUCGACUGACACCUGAGAGAAGUGCUGACUUCCCCUCUUUGCUUGAAGACAUCAAGCUUGUAGUGUGUGC